UUGCAGACGCGCUUGGCUCGCUUCGGCGACACCGACUCAACGUCGAGCUUCUUCACUGUCGGAAAUGGCGGUGGAUCCUUGCGGUCGUUCUAUAACGGGAAAGAGGUUGAUAUGCGCAUGAGCCACAUUCGCGAAGCUAUCCAUCACGUUCGGGGAAAUUGGCAUCUUUAUGCCGAUUUUCUGUCCCGCUUGCGCGACUUGCUCUUGCAGCUCGGUGAACAUGAAACCGUCUCUCCUAUCUUGGACACUCUGCCCCGGUUCAAGCAGUGGUCUGACAGACGACGGGGCGGCGACCCCCCUGAGGAUUAUGGUCUCCUGCGGUUAUACACCACUCCAGUGGGAUAUUUACAUGCCUUCAAGAUCAUCAACGAAGUCUUCCGCACUCACGACAUCGAUAAUGAGCGGCUGGUGUCUGCCGUCUUUUUCGUGGAGCUCUUGAAUAUAGAACUCUUCAAAUACAUCACCGAGCAGGGGAUGAGGGAUGUCGGGUUUACCGGGACUGUCCAUCGAGGUCUGUGCCUUUCCACAGUGCAGCUCGACGCAUUCUACCAGCUGGCCCGCAUGCCCAUCAGGGAGAGAUUCUGGUCUAUUCCCCUAGCAAUCGUAUCCUGCAGUAUGGAUGAAGACAUCGCGGUAAAGUUCGCCCUCCAGCAGGCGACCGCUCAUGGGACGGAGCAUAUGCACCCCGUCCUGUGGCGCAUCCACGUCGCUAACCUAGACCCAGAGCUCCUCCGUGUUUAUCAUCAAUACUACCCUAUGAGCGUCGUGACAACAAUGUGUGCAGAAUUUUCGGCGUACCCGGAGGAAGAGGUGGUAUUGCGAGGACCGUUCUUCCAGCUGGUGCACGUGUAUCGGCGGCCUAUGCCAGGAGGUGCCAUGAUUGACGUCGUCGAGGGAGUCAUCGUCAACACGAACAGGGAUCAUCCAAGCCAGAUGGAGCUCGGUACUGAUCAGGAUGGUGCAAGAAGACUGAUUGCGUGUCUGGUAGGGAUGGCGAGGGCAAAGGUGUGUCAGCAAGUGGCCGGGAGUUAUGGAUUGGAGGCCGAUGUUUCGGAAUAUGAGCGAGUCUAUCUGGAAGAGAGAGCUGUAUUUGAUGAUUUAACGACUACAUAG